CCACCAUGGUUCGCUCUUAUUUACUGGACUUUUAAGUGGUCGAAGAACAAGAAAUAAGUCCCAGAUACCGAUUGACUAAACAGACAGAGUUAAUAUUGCGCCAUGAGUUCAACGAGAGGUACGAGGUUAACAACGAAUGAAUUGAAUAUUGUUCCAAUGGUUCCUUUCGAGGAAUAUUUCCUUUGAUCACUGUUCCUGACAUUUAGUUGAUUCGUUUGUUAGUUCCAUUAUUCCAUAAUAGAACUUUUCAAAUAUUUCGUCUUCCUCUGAAUCUCUGAAUAAUAAAACAAAAAACAAAAAAGAAAUCGUCAAGACAAGGUUCUGAGAACAGAGAUAAUUUGAAGGAAAAUGGAGACGAUUGAUAUAGCCCGACUGGAGGAGGCUGUGGUCAUAUUUUAUCGUUCAACCUCUCAGGAGCAGGCACAUUUACACGAGUGGCUAACAAAUGUCCAAGCCAGCAAAAUGGCCUGGCAAUUUUCAUGGCAGCUAAUGCAGCUGGGAAAGAGUCAAGAAGUCCAGUUUUUCGGAGCAAUUACUUUGCACUCGAAGCUAAUGAAAUUCUGGCAUGAAGUUCCUCCCGAAAACCGAGACGAGCUGAAGCAGAAAAUUUUGGAAACCAUUAUACAAUUCGCAGGUGGACCGAAGCUGGUUCUCAAUCGUUUGUGCAUAGCGUUAAGCGCCUACAUAGUUCACAUGUUGAGUGAAUGGCCAAGUGCCAUAGAAGACGUUAUCAAUACCUUUCAAAAUCAACAAAUACCGAAUGUAUCGAAUGAGACCCAAUUGUGGAUAUUAUUGGAAGUAUUGCAAGCCAUUCCUGAGGAGAUGCAAGCUAUAUACAGUUCUGUCAAGAGAACUGUUCUGCGAGCAGAGGUGGCCAAGAGGACUCCGCUUGUAAUAGAAACCACUGAGCGUUACCUUCAAAUGCAGCUGGAAAGAGAAUGGGACACAGAGACAUUUAAUAACAUGACACGAGCGGUGAAAUGUGUUGGCACUUGGGUUAAAAACAUUGGCUUUCCUAUUGAAAACUGUGUCAAUAUCGUCGACAUCAUUCUAAAGAUAGUUAAUAAAUGCUAUUGGCCAUGUACACAAGAUCCAGAUGGCGAUGGCUGUAUGUCAGCAGAUGAAAAUGAUUUAGCUGAGACUUGUUUGAAAACUCUCGUUAAUAUUAUUAUCCAACCUGACUGCCAUCUCUUCCCCAAGACGGCAUUUAUCCUUAUUAAGAUGUUUCUUGACUCUCUGUGCAAUAUCACCAAAAUGGAAUGGAAACCUGAUAAUAAUAAUGAAGACAUUGUUUCCUACAUAUACACAUUGUUCGUGUCGGCGGUUGAGCGGCAUUCUCAGCUAUUAUUAAGUGGGAUCACAACAACAGAUCCCGAACUGUCGUCUCUAUACACUCGUCUUGUAAAUGAGAUAUUGCAAUGUACAGAUAAGCCUGGUAUAUAUCCUGUUGAGGAAUCGUGUAGCAGCAUGGCUUUAGGGUUUUGGUAUCUGCUGCAAGAGGAAGUGCUCGCAAUAACCAACGAGGAGGAACGCUUGAAGUGUUGCGAAUACAUUAAACCACUAUAUGCUCAUCUAACUCGAAUUUUAGUUAGAAAGUCUGAGCAGCCUGACGAGAACUCUAUCGACAAGUGGAGUUCAGAUGACUUGGAAAGUUUUCGUUGUUACAGACAGGAUAUUUCCGAUACAUUUAUGUAUUGUUACGAUGUCUUGCAUGAUCAAAUCUUGGAUAUUUUAUCUGCCGUUUUGGAUGAGACCAUUGCCCAACUUCAGACAAACCCUAAUCAGUGGACUAAAUUAGAAGCAUGUAUCUAUUCUUUCCAAUCAGUUGCCGAACACUUUGAUGGAGAAGAAACAAAACAAAUCCCUAAAUUCAUGCGAGUGCUUAACGAGAUUCCAUAUGAGAAAAUGAACGAGAAGCUUCUGGGCACAGCUUUGGAAGCUGUUGGUUCAUAUUGUCAGUGGUUGCGGGGCAAUCCAAUGUGGAUACCAUCUGCCAUAGAACUGUUGGUACGUGGCCUCAACUCGUCCAUGUCGGCACAAGCAACGUUGGGACUUAAGGAACUUUGUAGGGAUUGCCAAUUACAAAUGAAACCAUACGCUGAACCCUUGCUCAAUGCAUGCCAAUCAUCCUUGGCAUCCGGACAAAUGAAGAAUUCCGAUAGCGUAAGACUUAUGUUCAGCAUCGGAAAACUCAUGAGCCUCUUAACACCAGACAAGAUUCCUAACUAUCUAGAUAUGAUUGUGAGUCCAUGCUUCGAAGAAUUGUCUACUAUAUGUCAAAGUGGUGCUAAGACGCCACAGGCAAGAAUACGCACCAUAUUCCGCUUAAAUAUGGUGUCAACUCUGUUUUCAUCGCUUAACACGGAUAUCGAUGACGACGACCUACCCAUCGAAGAUCUGCAAAACAUGCAGCCAGUUUUGAUUGUGAUGCAAAAAACAAUGCCAAUUUUUAGGCAAAUUGCUGAGUUAUGGGUAGAAGAUUUGGAUGUUCUAGAGACGGCUUGCGCGGCUCUCACACAUGCAAUUGUAAAUUUAAAGAAUAGCUUCAAACCAAUGCUCCAAGAUCUUUGUUACUUUAUUGUUGCGAUUUUCCAAACACGUUGUUGUGCCCCGACUUUGGAGAUUUCCAAAACGGCCAUUGUCAUAUUCUACAGAGAUGAAGAUUGUAAAGCUCUCAUGCAGCAACUAAUGAUAGAAUUCGUAAUGCAUAGUUUUAAAUUAUUUGAGUCGACACCUGAAAAUGGAUUCUCCAAUGUAGCCGAAACGAUAGAAAAAUUUUACGCUUGCCUAACGCAAAUUAUCAAAAAGAUUCCACAGUCUUUGGAUGAUAAAUCGAUCGCCUAUGAUCGUCUCAUAUUUUAUGCGCUCAAAGCAAUGACAUUACCAGAAAAUGGACCUAUCAGAUUUUCGAUUCAAUUCCUAUCGCAUUUCGUAAUGCAAUCCCGGAACUAUCCACAUAUGACACAAGCUGUACUUGCAGCGGGCGAGGAAAUAUUGCGCACGGCUAUAGUUUGUGUGGCCUGUGUUACUCCGCGACAACAAGUGGAAAAGUUUGCAGACAUUUUUCUGAGUAUCAAUAAGAAGUACCCCGCAGAGAUGGCAGUUUGGUUGAAAAAUAUAAUGCAUGCCCCUAAUUUCCCAACGCCUUUAGUGGACGAUGCUGAUAAAACAAAAUUUGUUACUCAAGUCAUAAGGGAAAAGGUAAACAAACGACUGCUGCAGCAGCAUCUCACCGAAUUUGCUAUCAAAGCAAGAGGGCUUAGUGAUAAAUUUCAGUAAGGGGUUCUAAACAUGAUCUAUAAAUGAUUAUCGUGUAACUACAUAUUUUCCAUGGUGUUUAUUUAAUGGCUUCUUAUAAAUGUACAUAAAUCAUACAAAAUUGCUAUUAUUGCAAAUUGAGCAGUCUGUUUAGUUUAAACACUUAAACUUUCUCGCACUAACAUACAAAUAUAAUAUAUUUACAUUUAUAUCUUAGUAUUUUCGUGUUUUAUGCAUCGCUCGAAUGACUUAUGCUCAUUAUGUACGUUAAGUAUGUUUAUGCCAUUGAACUAGAGAGUAUAGAUAUUUCGUAUAUCGAAAGAUUUAUUGUCUGAAAAGACUUUGCACUACUUCGAUCGUGCAGAAAUGAAUUGAGAUUUGUGGAAGACAGUCAAAUAAAGCGUUAUCAACAAAUAUUGCCUUUCACAAUUUAUGUUCAGAAAAUUUCAUAAAAAAAUCAUUUCCCCUUAUAUAACCAUAAAUUUGAUAUACAAUUUUGUGCCCGAAUCAUUGCAAACGUGUGUUUGUACUCAUUCAUUAUUAGUUGAAUAAAAAUUCGCAUUAAUAUUUUGUAGACUUAAGAAAUGUACAAAAGUAAUAUUGAGUGUAUGACAUGUAUUUUAAAGCGAUCUUCUUUAACUAUGUGAUAUGUAUUUAUGUGUACGUAUAAUUUGAAGAUUUUUUAAAAUAAUACUUAACCUCUUAUUAAUGACAUAUUUUAAAAUAAUAAAUUCAAAUUUCUGUGUCAAAUAUUAGUUUUAAUGUAUUCAAUACAUAAUUAAUGUUUAAUAAAAUAGUUUUUUUUAUUAAAAA